AACCCCAUUAGAUGAAAUCCUUUUUCUCAUCCUACUUCAAACACUAAAGACGAGGUAGCAUAAGGCAAAAGGUAGGCCACGUUCUCUACAAUGGCGGUAACACGCGCCUCCUUGGUCAUUUGCUUCCUCCUCUCUUUGGCUACCAUAGCCACAGCUGAUUACUACUCCCCCUCAACUCCUCCGGUUUACACUCCACCAGCUUACAAACCAACCCACCCACCUCCAGUUUACACACGACCGGUUCACAAGCCAACCCUUCCACCUCCGGUUUACACUACGCCGGCUCACAAACCCACCCUUCCACCACCGGUAUACACACCACCCACAUACAAGCCAACCCUCCCACCACCGGUUUACACUCCACCCACAUACAAACCAAAACCCACCCUCCCACCUCCAGUUUACAAGCCUACACUCUCUCCUCCGGUCUACACUAAACCCACUAUCCCUCCUCCAGUCUACACUCCACCAGUUUAUAAGCCAACUCUUUCCCCGGUCUACACCAAACCAACGCUUCCACCUCCGGUUUACACUCCACCAGCAUACAAACCAACCCUCCCACCUCCAGUCUACACUCCACCGGUUUACAAGCCUACUCUCUCUCCCCCGGUUUACAAGCCAACUCUCUCUCCCCCGGUUUACAAGCCAACUCUCUCUCCCCCGGUCUACAAAAAGUCUCCAAGCUAUUCUCCUCCAACUCCUUAUGUCCCAAAACCAACCUACACUCCACCCACCAAACCAUACGUCCCAGAGAUUCUUAAAGUUGUUGAUGGCAUCAUCCUCUGCAAAAAGGGUUACGAAACCUACCCAAUCCAAGGAGCAAAGGCCAAGAUUGUGUGCUCCGAGCCAGGAUCAUACGGACAGAGCAAGAAGGAUGUUGUGAUCUACAGCGAUCCAACUGAUUCUAAGGGAUACUUCCAUGUGUCGUUGACCAGCAUCAAGGACCUACUUCACUGUCGUGUCAAACUUUACACAUCUCCGGUCGAGACUUGCAAUAACCCGACCAAUGUCAACAAGGGUCUCACAGGAGUUCCAUUGUCGAUGUAUGGAUACCGUUACCACUCUGACAAGAACUUGAAGAUCUUUAGCGUCGGACCUUUCUACUUCACUGGUCACAAGGCUGCUCCAACCACUCCCAAAUACUGAUCAUGAUCACAUAAUUAUCAUGACUAUCUUGCAUGCAUAUUAUAUAUGAGGUCACAUUAACCCAUUUAUUGUUUGAAAACUUUUCCCUUCAAAAUGUCCUUUGUUUCUUUGUACCAAUUCUAUUUGAUUCGUUACAUUACUAAUGCAUUCUAUCUUUUUGGUUAUGUUUUCUUCGAUUUUAUUUAAUAAAAUUGUAAGAGUAACAUAUUCAUAUAUAUAUAUAAAUAUGUAUAUUAAUAAGAAUUUUUCUUGAUGAUAAAGCUA